UGGGAGGGAGGGAAUGAAUGGGUGCUGAGCGGGGGCGCGCCGGCUCUAGGGACAGGCCUUCAGCGUGUGAGCGGCCGCGGCAUGGAGGACGACGCGCCGGUGAUCUACGGGCUGGAGUUCCAGGCACGUGCUCUGACACCUCAGACUGCAGAAACAGAUGCCAUUCGGUUUUUGGUUGGGACGCAGUCUCUUAAAUAUGAUAAUCAGAUCCACAUCAUAGAUUUUGAUGACGAAAAUAACAUUAUCAAUAAGAACGUCCUCCUGCAUCAAGUGGGUGAGAUCUGGCACAUUAGUGCCAGUCCUGUGGACAAAGGCGUGCUGGCCACCUGCUACAAUAAGCCCUCGGACAGCAAAGUCCUGACGUGCGCGGCCGUGUGGAGGAUGCCGAAGGAGCUGGAGCCAGGCAGCCACGAGUCCCCUGACGACGCCUCGAGCCCCGCACACACGCUGGAGCUGCUCUGCCACCUGGACCACACGGCCCAUGGCAGCGUGGCCUGUGUGGCGUGGCAGCCCACGGGGGACGGGAGCAGGGUCGUCUCGCUGGCGGACAGCCACGUCCUGCUGUGGGACCUGCAGGAGUGCUCCAGCCAGGCCGUGCUGGCCAGCUCGGCGUCCCUAGAAGGGAAGGGACAGCUGAAGUUCACCUCGGGACGGUGGAGCCCUCACCACACCUGCACCCAGGUGGCCACCGCCAAUGACACAACCAUCCGAGGGUGGGACACACGGAGCAUGAGCCAGAUAUACUGCAUCGAGAACGCCCACGGGCAGCUGGUGCGGGACCUGGACUUCAACCCCAACAAGCAGUACUACCUGGCCAGCUGCGGGGACGACUGCAAGGUGAAGUUCUGGGACACGCGGAAUGUCACGGAGCCCGUGAAGAGCCUGGAGGAGCACUCGCACUGGGUGUGGAACGUCCGCUACAACCACUCGCACGACCAGCUUGUGCUCACGGGCAGCAGCGACAGCAGGGUCAUCCUGUCCAACAUGGUGUCCAUCUCCUCCGAGCCCUUCGGCCACCUGGUGGACGACGAUGACCUGAGUGACCAUGAGGAGUGCCGUCCGGAGGAGAAGGGUCAGGAGCCCCCACAGGACAGCGUCAUCGCGACCUACGAGGAGCACGAAGACAGCGUGUACGCCGUGGACUGGUCCUCCGCCGACCCCUGGCUCUUCGCCUCCCUCAGCUACGACGGGAGGCUUGUCAUCAACCGGGUCCCCCGGGCGCUGAAGUACCACAUCCUGCUGUAGCCCGGCUGGCCGCUCCACAGAGGAGGCCUCGGCGAUGUGCGCCGUCCCCGGAGAGGGCGCCGGGCCGUGCCCGCCCGCCCCUGCCCCUGCCCCUGCCCCUGCGGCUCUCUGGGCUCUUUGAGGCUGGUGGGAGUUUCACUUAAAAGAUUCUCAUUUCCAUGAUACUAACUCACGAUUGUCUUGAGAUUAAAAGUGAAACAAGCAAG